GGAGGGGAGGAGCCGAUACACCUGUGCAAGACUGAGGGGGAGGAGCCGGUACACCUGUGCAAGACUGAGGGGGAGGAGCCGGUACACCUGUGCAAGACUGAGGGGGAGGAGCCGUUACACCUGUGCAAGACUGAGGGGGAGGAGCCAGUCCACCUGUGCAAGACUGAGGGGGAGGAGCCAGUCCACCUGUGCAAGACUGAGGGGAGGAGCCAGUCCACCUGUGCAAGACUGAGGGGGAGGAGCCAGUCCACCUGUGCAAGACUGAGGGGGAGGAGCCGGUCCACCUGUGCAAGACUGAGGGGGAGGAGCCGGUCCACCUGUGCAAGACUGGAGGGGAGGAGCCGGUCCACCUGUGCAAGACUGGAGGGGAGGAGCCGGUCCACCUGUGCAAGACUGGAGGGGAGGAGCCGGUCCACCUGUGCAAGACUGGAGGGGAGG